AAGAAGAAGAGAACGACGUCACAUGACACGUCCUACCGGUUCACUUCCUGUUAUCUAUUCACUUCGUAUUUAUUUCUUUUUUCGUUUAUUUUUUCACUUUACGGUUUUAAACCAAGUCGAAUGAUAAACGAGCUACAUAUUCUCUUUGAGUCAACUCACUCCGAGUGUCAAACUGAUCCGGAAACAAAGAGGUCGGCUGAGGUAAGCCGUCGGCUGCUAAUGUUAGCUCAUUAGCUGUUGCUGUAUUUACUUGCGCUGACAGCUGCGGUGCUGAGCUCUGGCUCUUUGGCUGUCACUUUUUGUGCAUUACACUCGGAUACCCGGUGAUUUCUCCGUCGAUAAAACCGCUGCAGGUGUUCAAAUUCGCUCACCAGCGCCAUGGCUAGUCUGCUUUCAGUGGAGUGCGCUGCCUCUGUGAGGAAAUCUGGGAGUUUAUUUUAUUUAAGAAGCACCGCAUUGGGGAUCCAGACGAGACACUACAGCAGCGAGAAAGCCUCUUCGUCUGAGUAUCUGCACCAAAGCGUCGUGCCAUCCAUGCAUUACCAGAAGAGCUUACCCAGGCUCCCUGUACCUAAACUAGAAGACACCAUCAGAAGGUAUUUAGCUGCCCAGAGGCCUCUGUUGGAUGAUGGCCAGUUCGGGACAACAGAGAAACAUGCCCAAGAUUUCCAGAACGGUGUGGGCAAGCAGCUGCAUGAGGAGCUGGUAGCUCAGGACAAAAACAACAAGCACACAAGCUACAUCUCAGGGCCGUGGUUUGACAUGUACCUCGCUGCACGGGACUCUGUGGUGCUGAACUUCAACCCCUUCAUGUCUUUCAAUCCCGACCCCAAGGCCGAGUACAACAACCAGCUCCUGCGUGCGACCAACAUGGUGUGUUCAGCAGUGCGCUUCAUGAAGACGCUGCGAGCUGGCCUGCUAGAGCCGGAGGUUUUCCACCUGAACCCUGCAAAGAGUGACACAGACGGCUUCAAAAACUUUAUCCGCUGGGUCCCGUCGUCGCUGUCUUGGUACGGAGCCUACAUGGUGAAUGCUUAUCCCCUGGACAUGUCCCAGUACUUCCGCCUCUUUAACUCAAGUCGGAUUCCGAAGCACGGGCGAGAUGAGCUGUUCACUGAUGAUAAAGGUCGACAUCUGUUAGUUAUGAGAAAAGGCAACAUGUACGUGUUUGACAUUGUGGACAGGGAUGGGAAUUUGGUGAAGCCUGCGGAGAUCCAGUCCCACCUGAAGUACAUUUUGUCAGACUCGACGGAGGCACCCGCCUUCCCUCUGGGCGUCCUGACCAGUGAGAACAGGGAUGUUUGGGCUGGGCUGAGGGAGAAGCUGAUAGCUGCUGGAAACGCAGAGGAUUUACGCGUCAUCGACAGCGCCCUCUUCUGUCUCUGUCUCGAUGAAGAGAGCAUGCGUGACCAUAUUCACAUCUCCCACAACAUGCUACAUGGCGACGGCUGCAACCGCUGGUAUGACAAGUCCUUCAGCAUCAUUCUCACCAAAGACGGGCAGGCAGCUAUUAACUUCGAGCACUCCUGGGGCGAUGGGGUGGCCGUGCUCCGCUUUCAGAACGAGGUCUUUAAAGACACGACAGAGAAGCCACUGGUUCACCCAGGUUCUGCCGCUGCUGCUGUGGAUUCAGCCUCGGCCGUGCGCAGACUGCACUUCAACCUGGACGGCGAGCUGCAGAACGGCAUCAAAAAGGCGAAGGAGAACUUCAACUCGGCUGUGUCGAAACUCACCAUCGACGCCAUGGAGUUUAAGAAAGGCGGGAAGGAGCAGUUAAAGAAGAGCAAGCUGAGUCCAGACGCUAUCGCUCAGCUGGCUUUUCAGAUGGGCUUCUUGAGGCAGUAUGGACAGACAGUAGCCACAUACGAGUCUUGUAGCACUGCGGCGUUCAAACAUGGCCGCACAGAGACCAUCCGACCAGCCUCCAUACACACCAAACAGUGCUCACAUGCCUUCGUUCGCCAACCUGGAAAGCACAGUGUGGAGGAGCUACGGGGCAUGCUUCAGGAAUGCUCUAAAUAUCACGGGCAGCUCACCAAGGAAGCAGCUAUGGGUCAAGGGUUCGACCGUCACCUGUUUGCCCUGCGAUACCUGGCCAACUCAAAGGGCCAACCUCUGCACAACUUGUACAUGGACCCGGCCUACGCUGCCAUCAACCACAACAUCCUCUCCACCAGCACCCUCACCAGCCCCGCCGUCAGCCUCGGUGGCUUCGCCCCGGUGGUGCCCGACGGAUUCGGUGUCGGCUACGGUGUCCACGACGAGUGGAUCGGCUGCAACGUGUCCAGCUACCCGUCUCGCAACGUCCACGAGUUCCUGCAGUGUGUCCACAAGUCUUUAGAGGACAUUUUCAGCGUCCUGGAAGGGAAGCCGCUCAGCUAAGACAGAAGUGUAUGUAGCGAAAGGGUCGUUUUACGAGGGUUGAUUGAAAAAACUGAGACUGUAACGAUAAAAAUCUAAAACUGAACCCAGUAUAAAUUUGGCCACCAGCCGCAUCAAAGUAGUACCUUUUGUGCCGUGACACACUGCUCCCAGUGCUCCUGCACCGCUUGAAACACUCCCUGGGAGUCUUGUUACGUAAACAUGUCAAGCAUUAUCUGCAGCAAGCACUGAAUCUCUUAAACUGUGUCAAAAUGGUAAUAAUUUAACUCCUUUUUUGAGGAAGGAGUCACAGGGAGCGUAGUUUGGCCAGUAGGGCAGGUGGGGAGCAACUAUUGUGUUUGUGGCCAAAGAACACCAGUGCCUCAUUUUCAUGUUGUGACCAGACGCAGUGCGUAUUGUAGCACUGGCAUGCCUUUGCACCAGAUCUCUCCCUCAGACACCUCAGGACUUUACAGAAGAACCCUGCCUUAACUGUCCGACACUGGAGAAUGAAUUCACAGUGCAUAACCACGUGAACGUUGAAGAAAACAACAAGCAUCCUCCGGUUUGGAGUGAUGGUCCUGCAUAAAGGUUGGAUCAUCCACCUGCUGAUGGACACAGACUGAGAUUUUUGCUCUCUGCUCCAGUUUCAUAUCAAUGGAGAAACCAGAAAUGUGCAGCUACCAGUAAACACAUGUAACACAGGUCCUGAUGUUGAUUGUUCAGUGUGUGACAUCUUGACUCAACAGCUCCUGCUCACACAUGCUGCACAUCCACCAGUCUCAGAACUUUUUGAUCAACCCUCGUAUUGAUCAAUAUAUCACAAAGACGCAAUAAAAAAGAUGAGUAAAAUAUUUUUUUUUACAAUACAGAGAACAGCUUCUGUAGUAGUUAAUUAAUGUACAUCACUGUUGGGACAUCACAUGUUCAUCCAUCAUGUGAGAUGAAGGGCAGGGUCAGGUUUUAACUGUGGACAUAAUUACUGUAUUAUAAAAAAACGACAUUAAGCAUUACAACCGAAACUUUACUUGAACCAGUUAUGCGCACUGAAUCUGAAAUUUGCGACUGGUAUUAAAUUUCACAUCCAUUCUAACAGCAGUGUACUGUAGCCUAACGGUAGGUGUUCGCUGUGCUUUAGGGUUAAAUUAUACGGCCGCAAUGUUCAUGCAGUUUUAGAAAUCCUGUGCAGUAGAUGGCAGACAGAAGCUGUGCCUUAUAAAAUGAUGUGAAGCUCCAUCAGAGCAUUUCAGUUAUCAUCAUUGUCGAUUCCAGGCCUUGUUGUUGUGGGUGAAUGUUUUUUUGAAAUAAAACUUAAUUUAAUUAUUUGCA